AUGACCGACAUUCUGAACGUCAAGGACAAGCCGGUCUUCGACGAUCGCAUCGUCAAGAUCGAGACUCACGCUUACAGCCCGUUCGCCAACACGACGUUCGGACACAGCGACGAGAUACGAAUACCCAUACAGCAGCAUGAUCUGUACACGCUGCCGUACGAGAGUUUUCUGUACGUCGAGGGACGUUUGACGAAAACCGUGAAUGUGGAGAACGCCGACGUCGCGCUGGGAAACAAUUGCGUAGCGUUCAUGUUCGACGAGAUUCGCUACGAACUCGACGGCGCGGAGAUCGAUCGCAACAGAAACGUGGGCGUAACCAGCACGAUCAAGAACUACGUGACGGUGACGUCCGACAGGAGCGUGAUUCUGCGAAACGCCGGCUGGGACGCGCAGACCACCAACGACGGGUACUUUAACUUCUGCGUGCCGCUCAACGUACUGCUGGGAUUCUGCGAGGAUUACAGACGCGUGGUGAUCAACGCUCGUCACGAGUUGAUUCUGAUACGAGCGCGCAACGACGAGAAUUGCCUGACGGGAGAUUCGGCGGUGCAGCCGAAACUCGAACUGUUCAAGAUACAAUGGCGAAUGCCGCACGUGGUGCCGAGCGACGUGAACAAGCUGGCGAUGCUGCGAGCCCUGGAGAGCGGACGAUACCUGAGCAUGAGUUUCCGUUCGUGGGAUCUGUACGAGUACCCGCUGUUGCAGGCCACGACCAAGCACUCGUGGGCCAUCAAGACUGCGUCGCAGCUCGAGAAGCCGCGAUACGUCAUCUUUGCUCUGCAAACGGAUCGAAAGAAGAUGGCAGCGGACACGAGUCAUUUCGACCACUGCAACCUUAUCAACGUGAAACUCUACCUGAACUCGGAAUGUUAUCCGUACGACGACUUGAAUCUGGAUUUCGCUAGAAACAGAUGGGCGAUUCUGUACGAAAUGUACGCGCGUUUCUGCAAGGGCUACCACGGAUACGAGUAUGUCGAACCGCAUCUCACGGUUUCGUCCUUCCUUCGAAACGGUCCGUUUGUGAUCAUCGAUUGCUCUCGUCAGAACGAAUCGGUCAAGAGCGCGACCGUGGACGUGCGAAUGGACUUUGAACUCAAAGCGAACGCGCCCGAGAAUACCACCGCGUACUGCCUCAUCAUACACGAUCGCGUGGUCGAGUACAACCCGCUGACCAGCGUUGUGCGCAGGAUCACCUAG